UCGGAUUAUCUACUUACCGUAUGCCGGGUAUAAUUGGGCUGACGGGUCCAUUGUCCACUUGUACACUAUGCAUACACACUGUUUCAGUUAUCCACAAACGAAUCCAGGUCUCCCGUCCUGCGGAAGGGAGAGCGAUGGCUUCCAAAAAGUGGAGAUAUUGCAAGUCCCCAUCCACCCUGCCAAAACCGCAGGCGGAUAACGCUGCCCCCUUGGCCAAGGAAGUCACCCCGCAGGAGUACUUCCUUUUCUGCGUCACCUCCACCUGCAGAGACACACGGGCGAGCGGCCAGGAUACUGUCCCAUACGACAAAGAGUUGGCAGCUCAGACCAUUGUGGACAUCGUCGACAAGCAUGAUGAUUUCCUGGACCCCUCCAGCAUACUGAGACUGUCUAUGGAGGCCAUUUUUUAUCUCAGUUUAAUGAAGCCUCUGUUUUCGACACAAAUGAGAAGAAUGAUUAUCCAGGGAAUAUUCUAUUCAACCUAUGAAUUGAUUGAAUUUACUGAGGAUGACAACCAGGAUCUCCAGGCGAUCUUUGAGUUGAUGCUGAGGGGCCUCCUAUUGGAGGCCCCCUCCCUUGAAACUUUAUCAAGCAUGAUUGAAGACCUCCGCCUUUACAUGGAGGGAAAGGACAGAAAAGAAAGGGACCUGGUGGCCAGUAGCCUCCAAUGGCUGCUGGCCGAGGCACUCACAUUCCCAGACCUGACCAUAACGGGAGUCUGUGAGAACCAUCAUCCCUCCGGAGCUGUCCUGCCUCUGCUCCCGAACCAGUGAAGAAGAGCUGGUGAUAGAAGAUCUGGAAUAGAAAGAAUCAAAAUGCUUUCUGGACAGCGAGGGAGGG